AUAAAAAAUUAAACUAUCACUCAUUCAAGAAUCAAACCACAGUCACAGAAGGUAUCAUCUAUCCAUCAUCAGUUGGGUUAGUGUGCUUGAGCUUUUCUGGGUGAGGAGAGAGCAAGAAAAAAGACAUGGUCAGGAAAAUGGGGUACGAUUGGAAGAUUCUUCUCAAGAACAAAUACUACCAUUAUGCAAUCAAAUUGGGGGUUUCUGUUCUUCUGGUGGGACUUGCUUUCAGGCUUCUUUACGAUAGAUCCUAUGAUUUUUCUCCAGUUUCCGACGCCCCUUUUCUUCAAGACCAUCAGAUUUCAGCUCCUCCCUUCAACUCCCAGCAAAAAUCCGAUCAGAUUCCCGCCCGAGAAUCUAUUGACAAUAGGGAAGGGCAGUGCAAUCUAUUUGCUGGUGAUUGGGUUCAUUCUCCAAUCGAACCUCUUUACACAUAUAAAACUUGCAGAUAUGUUGAAGACCACCAGAAUUGCCUGAAAAAUGGACGACCAGACACUGAUUAUCUCCAUUGGAGGUGGAAGCCCCAUGGCUGUGAGCUCCCCCGCCUUAAUGCCGGGAGAUUUCUGGAGCUGAUGAGGAAUAAAUCAUGGGCAUUCAUUGGUGAUUCCAUAUCUAGGAACCAUGUCCAGUCAUUCCUCUGUAUGCUCUCGACGGUUGAAAAUGCUGUGGAAGCAUACCACGACGAGAAGUACAAGAAUCGGAGAUGGGUGUUCGCCUCAUACAACUUCACAGUUUGGGUUAUAUGGUCACCAUUGCUUGCUGAGGCUGCCAUUUUCGAAGACAUCAAUGGGGUGUCGAAUUCUGAGAUUGAGCUGUAUCUAGACAGGUUCGACAAGAAUUGGACCGAGCUUUUUGAGAGUAUGGAUUACAUGGUGUUAUCAACUGGGAAAUGGUUCACUAAACCUACAAUCUACUACGAAAACGACACGGUGUUAGGCUGCCAUCGUUGCUAUACAAAGAACCUCACGGAUUUCGGGUUCAACCGUGCUUAUGAGAGAGUUCUGAAUAAUGUUUUGGAGUACAUAAUCGCGUCGAAUCCCAAGGGGAUGGUAUUUUAUCGAUCCUCUGUGCCGGAUCACUUUGAGAAUGGGGAUUGGGACAGCGGCGGAGCCUGCAAGAGGACGGGACCGGUGAAGGCAGGGGAAUUUGUGGUGAAUGAGCUGGAUAGGAUCAUCGGGGAAAUAGAGGUGGAGCUACUUCCAAAGGCAUUGGCAAAGGCUUCGGAGAAGGGUGUAGGUCUAAGAGUGUUGGAUGUGUGGGGUGCUUCGUUGUUGAGACCGGACGGGCAUCCGGGGCCGUACAGAUUCUUUCAACCGUUUGCGAAGGAGGAGAAUGCAACGGUUAUAAACGACUGCCUGCAUUGGUGCCUACCUGGGCCGAUAGAUUCUUGGAAUGAUAUGUUGGUGGAGAUGGUGGUAAGAGGGUUGGAGUGAUCGAUGAUGCUAUGAUAGCUGUUGUUGUUGUGUUGUGUUGUCUCACGUAUUGGUUAAUUCAUAUGAGGAUAUAUAUAUAUAUGUAAUACUACCAAAUAUGGGUAUUGUAUUGAGCAUUGAAAAGGAGUUUUUGGAUGAGCAAGCAAGUAGUUUGAAAUCAA